UUUUUCCUAUUUUUUCUAGGUGUUGUGGAGUGCAACUGACAGCCGUUGGCUACUCUUAGAAUUGGCUGUCGGAGGAACGAGCUAAACGUUUGUUUUGGACGUUAGAAAACGUAGCAAGCGGUUAAAACCGUCUGCUGAGCUGCUGAGUGAGUUUCUUCACUGAGGACAUACCAGGCCUGUCCAGUUAACGUUAAACGGACAGAAUAGAAACCUUGAAUUAAGGUACCCAGUGUCGGAUAACCCACAAGACAGCAUUCAUUUCAGGUACAAAUUGUAUGAGCUGUUGUGCUGUGCUGUCGUAUUCAAAGGCUAGCGUUCAUUUAGGGUUUUGGCGCGAGAUUAUUCAUUGCUGACGGGACAGUUUACGCAUCGGUAGCGCAUCCGUGGCAAAUGCCACCUGCUCACCAAAACCACAUUUGUAAGAUUCAGCGGAAUACAGAAGCAGGCCAGGAGGAGUGCGCUAGCCACGUCGAGUACACUACAGCGGUUAGCUGUCACAAGGCUGUCCACUGGUCUUGAUGCAUGCUUUGAGUCAACAUUAAAGACGACCGAGAGCAAAAAUGUCAGAUACGAAUAAAGAAGUGGUGGAUCUGGUGUGGGGCAGACCCAGCGGUGGAGGAGUUCCUGCAUCCCUGUUCCGCAGGUGGUCUCAAGGCUUUGUGUUCAGUGAGACUGAGCGUUCUGCGCUGGAGCAGUUUGAAGGUGGACCAUGUGCUGUCAUUGCACCUGUGCAGGCUUUCCUGUUGAAGAAUAUUCUGUUUAACACUGAAGGAUUGAACUGGAAAGAUAUCUCAGAGGAAGAGCAGCGGACAGUCCUGUGUUCUACCCUCAGUGAGAUCCUGGAGUUGGCCUGCCUCAAUAAGUCACAGGCCUUUCACCUAGUCACCUGGCCUCACGCUAAAACCACAGACAACAGCGACAUCACAGACAGCCACCCAGAGCCCGAGUCCAGCCAGCCUACUGACACACCAACUGCUUUGGCUACAGAGGAGCUUGGAUUUGAGAGGUUUCACAGUGUCAUACAGAAGAGGACUCUCAGGACAGUUGCAGAGCUGAAAGAGGCAGUCCUGUCACUGUACGACACCUGGAAGAAUAAGUUUGGAGUUCUGCUGUUCCUGUACUCUGUCAUACUUACAAAGGGGAUUGAAAACAUAAAGAAUGAGAUAGAAGACACCACUGAACCUCUGAUCGACCCUGUUUAUGGCCACGGCAGCCAGAGUCUAAUUAACCUGCUGGUGACUGGUCAUGCUGUGUCUAACGUGUGGGACGGCGAUAGAGAAUGUUCUGGAAUGAAGCUUCACGGUAUUUAUCAGCAGGCUUCUGUUGGUUUCCUCACACUAAUGGAGUCACUGCGCUAUUGUAAGGUUGGCGCAUUUCUCAAAUCUCCAAAGUUCCCUAUUUGGAUCCUUGGCAGCGAAACUCACCUCUCAGUAUUCUUCACUAAGGAAAUGGCUUUGGUUGCUCCUGAGUCUGCGUCAGAACAGGCCAGAAGAGUUUUCCAGACAUUUGACCCGGAAGAUAAUGGGUUCAUUCCAGACACACUUCUUGAAGAUGUAAUGAAAGCCUUGGAUCUCGUCUCUGAGCCAGACUAUGUGAAUCUGAUGAAGAGUAAGCUGGAUCCAGAGGGGUUGGGUAUUAUUCUGUUGGGUCAGUUUCUGUUGGAGUUCUUCCCUGAUCAGGAUUCUGUGAUCCCAGAUUCAUUUCCUGUGUAUCACUAUAAUGGCCUGAAGCAGUCCAACCAUAAUGAGAAGGUGAGUUACGUUGAGGGGACAGCUUUGGUCAUGGGUUUUGAGGAUCCCAUGGUACGUACAGACGACACCCCAGUCAAACGCUGUCUACAGACCAAAUGGCCCUACAUCGAGCUCCUGUGGACCACAGAAAGGUCACCAUCCCUCAAUUAACCUUUGUCUCUGUCACCUUUCACCUAUACCAACCUCUGGCUGCACAGCCCGAAGACUUCAGGAAAGCUCAGAGGACUCCUCACUCUCUCUGCACUACAUUCUAGGAGGCCAAAACAGGCCUGAAGUUCAACUGAGAGACGAUGCUCUUCGCCUGGCACUCACACAAAGCCUCUUGUUUGCUUUUUUUCUGCUUGAUUAUUGAGCUAAUUCUGUGUUUAAAGUCCUGGGGUUGAACAAACACACUUUGUUGCUGUUUGGGAAUUAUGUUUUCUCUUUUGCCAUCUGUUGUGUGUACCAAAUGUAUUUGCUUUUGCAGGUGUUCAUAUUAUUUUUGUUAACUUUCUACAUGAGUUUGUUUACUGGUUUGAAAUGAUAAAUCUUUAAACUAGCACAUCGACUGUGAUGAUCUUAUGAGUAAUUUAUGGAAUUGCUAAUAUAUAUAUUUUUUAUUUGAGGUUUCGUUGUUAGCAGUUGUGAAUAUUUAAGGGAUCGUUUGAUUGACCAAAGCUUCUGGCUGGACAUAAAGUAUUAAUGUUUGUCAGUGGUCAGCUGAGGAGUUGUCAUGUUCUGCAGCGCCCAGCCAUCAGAGGAAUUGUGUUUAGACAGGUUUACAAAAGAAUGCACUACAACCCCAUGUUGGGCACCAAACAACAGUGGGAGAAUAGGGCAAUUUUAGUAUUUAAACUUUGAAGAAAAAACCCUCCAGGAGGGACUCUGCAAUGACACUAUGAUUCUCUGCAUGAGAGAGAAGCAGAAUAACACACAAACGCUCACCGUUUAUUUAUUCUGAUCCUGAUGGUUCACUAAAUUAAACACUUUUGUUCUUCAA